AACCAGUCCAUUCCCUCAUCCCUCAUCCCUCCCCGUCUGCGAGAAAUGGAUCUGCCCCAAAUUCCACCACCUCUAUCAGACUCGACCCAUCAAAAAGCACAAAACACAAAACCCCCUUGAGAGACAAACCACUCACCCAACAAGCAAGCAUGUCGCGUGCUCUCAUUAGAAGACGCAUCCUAACGUCACGUCAACCUACUCCCCUCGCCCUCCUCACCAACACCCGAAACUCCUCCCACAGCGCCUCAGGAACCUCCUCCAACCGCAAAAAAACUUCCCUCCAAACCCUCAAAUCCAUGUACCGAAACCACGACCCCAUCACCAUGAUCACAGCCCACGACUUCCCUUCAGCCCACGUCGCAGAGCACGCGGGCAUGGACAUGAUUCUCGUCGGAGACAGUCUGGCCAUGGUAGCCAUGGGCUACGAAGACACAUCCCAAGUCACGCUGGACGACAUGUUACUGCACUGUCGAAGCGUCUCUCGCGGGGCGAAGGCCGCGUUCAUCGUUGGGGAUCUGCCGAUGGGGUCUUAUGAGAUUUCUGCGGAACAGGCGCUGAUGUCGGCGAUGAGGUUGGUUAAGGAGGGGGGUGUUCAUGCGGUGAAACUUGAGGGGGGGAGGGGGAUGGGGGCUCAGAUUUCAAAGAUUACGGGCGCGGGAAUUCCGGUUUUGGGGCAUGUGGGGUUGACGCCGCAGAGGCAGAAUUCUUUGGGAGGUUUUCGCGUGCAGGGGAGGAGUGUGAGUGGGGCGCUGGGAGUGCUGGCUGAUGCGAAAGCGGUGGAAGAGGCGGGUGCGUUUGGGGUGGUUUUGGAAGCGAUUCCUGCGGAGGUUGCGGAGGUUGUGACGGGGAAGUUGAGCAUACCUACUAUUGGGAUUGGGGCGGGGAAUGCGACGAGUGGACAGGUUUUGGUGCAGGUGGAUAUGGCUGGGUAUUUUCCUCCUGGGAGGUUUUUGCCGAAAUUUGUCAAGAGGUUUGGGGAUCUUUGGGGGGAGAGUUCGAGGGCGCUGGAGAGGUAUCGGAGUGAGGUGAAGGAGAGGAGUUAUCCUGCGCCGGAACAUACUUAUCCCAUGAAGGCGGAGGAUGUUGUUGAGUUUAAGAAGGCUGCUGCUGAUGAUACUGUUUCGAGUAAUUAGAUCAGAUAGAAGGACCUUGUCCAUAUAGACCACCUCCCACAUCAUCA